UCCCUUGUUUUUUUUUUCUCUCUGUUUGUUUGGUUAUUAGAAUGAGCCUUAUAGAUCAAGUCACCAAUCAACUUGCCACAAUAGAACUAAAAGACGAAGACAUUGCAGAGUAUAUUACGGGCAUUCUUGAGGAUGAUUCGAUUGAAGAUGACGAAAAGCGCGAAGUCAUGUCAGAAUUCCUUUCUGAAGCCACAGACAAAGAUACCGAGCAUUUGAUUGGUACCUUGUUGGAGAAGUCGAAAAAGCUACAACAGGAUCAAAUCAAGGAAGCAGAAGAAAAGAAGUCAAAGCUUAUUGAAGAAGCCCGCGCGCGCGAGGAAGAGCGAAGAAUCAAAGCUGAAAAAGAGCAAGAAGAGAAUUUAACACUUCGAACAGCACAAAAACAACUAACCAAAGAACAAAAGGAGGCACGCGAAAAAUUAAUGCAGCAAUAUGGUUAUGUAUCUGAAGGAGAAGAUGAUACAGAAAAGAAAGAGGAAGCAGAACCUUCACCUAGAGAUCGCCGUAAAGGCAAAGCUGCACCCCUAUCUGGUAUAUAUCUGUAUAUUUGUAGCUGUAUUUAUCUUUAUUUUAGAUCCAUUGUUGGCUGCCAAUCGUAAUGCUGAUCUUGUAAGAGAAAAAGAGCAACAAAGACGUGAACAAAUGAAGAGUGCUGCAGAAAAAGAAAAAGAACGCAAUAGAAUGUUGCAACAAAAGCAAAAGAAAGAGAAAGAACAAGACAAGGAAAAGAAAAAGACGCAAAAAGGAGAGAGAAGAAGA